UAGUAAAAGUAGAGAUUUAUAAAAUCAAAACUUUUUUAGCAAGUAUUUUUUAGAAAAUAAAUUCAUUUUAAAUUUGAUCAAAAAAUUAUGAGCUUCAGAUCGACUUCAUCUAGAAGCCCUCUUUCAGGAUAAUCUUAACUCACUUCAAAAUCAGAUAGUUCAAAUAAAUUGAUGAAUAGAAAAUAAUUAUAAUCUGUGAUUGUAAGUAAAUUUAUUAAAGACUACCCUUAACUAGAUGAAUAAACUAUUUCAAAUGCUGUGUAAGAUUUUAUGUUAAAACUAGACACUAAAAUAAAUGAACUCAAUUUGAAAUAACUUAAGAAUAUUAUUAAAGAAUUAGCUUUAGAAUAAAUUAGUUAAAAAAAAUAAAUGGUUGUAUUUAAACUUUCUAAUAGCUAAUCUACAAUUAGUUGUAUAAAUGAUUAGAAAUCGUAGAGUUCAAUAGAAAGUAUCAGGGAUAACAAAUUUAAUCAAGUAAAAAAAGUAAAUUAUCCCUCUUUAAAUUAAAAUUAUAGAGCUGGUUAAUCACUAUCACCUAAAAAUUUAUCAACUUUGUCAUCAUUUAAAGAAAAUUCAAAUAACCUGGCUGGGUCUACAUAACUAUCUCUUUCAAAUGAAUCCAACAAAAUCUAAAAUAUUCAAAUGAAGGAAUUUGAAAAAAAUAAAAUUUCAUCUAGUUAAGAUCUUUAAUGCCCACACUAAUAAUCAGUAUAAUCUGUAGGAAUAAAAUCAAUUCUAAAAAAGGCAAAUAGAAGUUUGAGUCCUUAAUGUGAAAAAAGGAUUCCUCCUUUAAAUGAUUUGUAAAAAUAAAAUAGUUCAAGUACUUUAUAAUAAAUCAAAUCUAAUCCUUUAAAUUAAGAAUAACAACCUCCCCUUCCUACUAUUACAAAACCCUCUCUUAAAAAAGAUGAUAAAUUGAAUGAAGGAUAACUUAAAUAUUAACACAGCUCAGAAAAGUAAUAAAAUGAAAUUUAAUAAUAAAUUAUUGAAGAAAAUGAAAAAAAAUCAACUAAAUAUAAAUAAAUUUUACUUGAUGAUAGCAUAAAAGAUAUAUAAAAGAAAUAAUUACUUAAUGUGUUAGGCUUACCUUUGGGAAAAUCCAAUAAAAACUCGUAUUGGUCUUAUUUAGACAAAGUUUAGCACAAAGAUUUUCAAUAAAUCAAGUGUUAAAAUCAAAAUGAGUGGAAGGAUAAAUUUGAAGAAAUAAAAAAUAUAAGGUAGGAGCAUCAAAUUUAAGGAGAUCUUAAAAAGUAAAAUAGAAAUGUAAAAUCAGUUCAAAGUGAUUAUGAGAGUGAUGAAGAUUCUUUAUCGUAAAUCACUUGCCAUGAAACUGUUAAAGGUUUCGAUUAUAACAGAUAAAAAGGAAAUCUGCUUGAAACUAUUUCUUAGUAACAAUAUAUUGAUAUAAAUUAUGCAGAAAUUGUUAAAAAGAAUGCUGAGAAUUUAGAAAGGGAAAAGUAAUAAUAAAGGGCAAGGAAAAAAGAUAUCUAAAAAUACUUAAAAGAGUGCUAUGAUGAAUAGGUUAUUUAGAAAUAAGUAGACAAAAAGGAAGAAAUUUAGAGAGGUAAAGAAUUUAUAGUUUUCUAAAAGAUCAUUGAAGAGUAGGAAUAAAGAGAAAAACACAAUUAAGAUAUAAAUAAUACUAUAAAAUAAGCAAGAAAGUAAGAGUUAAAAUAAAAAGAACAAGACAGAUAAUUGAAUUAAAAUAAAAAACUUAAUACCUAAGCUGAAACUAUGGAAAAAUGUUAAAAAGAUUUAAAAUAUGAGUAAGAAUAAAUAUACUUGAGGAAGAAGAAAGAAUUCGAAUUUUAUUAAAAUGCAAUAAAGGAAUACUAGUAAGAAAACAGAAAGGUUAAAAAGAAAGUUGAUGAAAAAGAAUAGGAUAAAUUUUACAUGUAAAACUACACUAAUUAUUUAGAUGAGUAAGAGGAAUAGAGAUUGAUGAUAAAUCAAUAAAGAUAGAGAGAGCUCUAAGAAUUUUUAAAAAAAUAAGCUGAAAGUCAUUAAAAAUUUAAAGAAAAAAAAAUUAAAGAAGAAGAAAGAUAAUAAAUGAAAUAGAUUUUAAAUGAAUAUGUUGAGAGUAACAUACAAGAAAUAAAGGAUUAAGCAUAUUAUAAGAAGUAACUAUAAGGUUAACUUAGAGAUUUUCUAACUCAAUAAAUUGAAGAAAAAAAAGAAAUUUAAUAAAAAAAUUUUAUUGAUUAUGAUAAAAUUUAGCUAAAAGCCUGCUAAAAGUAUAAUGAUGCUUAGAAUUAAUAUGAAAAUUAAAUAAAUGAACUUAAAAAGCAGUAAGAAAUUGAAAAUUUUUAGUUUCUUAAAGAGCAAAUAAAACAAAAUUAGCUUAAAAACACGAAGUAUUUUUACCCACUAGCUUACUCUUCAAUUCUAGAAUAAAAAAAUUAGAAAUCAUGA